CAGCCGCGCCAAACAUGCACAAUACCGGCGCAAGGCCACCUCCAGUCUGACCACGCAGCUCAGCCGGCCGACGGGACCUCCGCGCUACGGACGACGACGCCGCCACCGACGACGACGACGACAACGACGACGUCGACGACGCGCUGUACUCCUACUCUUCAGAUCGUGUUUUGCUUUAUCAGUUAUCCAGUCGAACAGCCGAGGACACUAUUAGCCUUAAGGGACUCACAGCGUGUCAGUAGUGCCUGAGCAGCCGCGUCGGUUUUCUUCGCGAAAUGUUUUCAGAGCGUGAGGUUUAGGAGCGCCUGUUGACCUGCAACCCUUCGUGCAACCCUGCUUCGACGAUUGCAUAGACAGAUGUGCGCGCCGCCCGCGGUGUGCUGCGUGCUGGCGGGCGUGGCGCUGGCGCUGGCGGUGGCGCGCGGCCAGGCCGGCGGCGCCUCCCGCUACCGCUGGACCAUCCCCAAGGAGCAGAUCUUCAGUGACAACAAGGUCAUCCCAUUCGACCAGCAGGUCUCCGAGUUCCUCUACAAGGGCGAGACCAAGAUGUUCUUCCUGGUGAAGAAGAAGCGUGAGGGCCCACUGUCCAUCACGGUGACGCCGUGCACCUCCAGCCUCCUCUGGUCGGUGGGCUACCGCAACGUCAGCAAUGACACCGAAAUGGGCGACCCCGAGCCGGAGCAGUCGCUGGGCGAGUACCGCGGCCGGCAGCUGCGCACGCUGCAGGUGCGGCCCGCGGCGCCCGGCCUGUACACGGUGCGCGUGGCGCCGCUCGAGGGCCAGUCGUACGUGAUGCUGUACGCGACGCAGCAGCCGGGCGGGCCCGGGCCGCUCUCCGUGCGCCACAAGCCGCGCCUCAAGCUGCAGCGGCGCCAGCGCCGCAAGGGACUCACCGUGCGCUGGGAGCCCAGCUCGGUGGACCCGCACCUGAUGCACUACUGCCUGGUGGUGAACCCGCGGCGCCACUACUCGACGCUGUGCGAGGCGCGCGGCGAGCGCUACGGCGUCAUCCCGCCAGACGCGCCGGAGCCGGCGGGCGGCGCGCCGGUGGGCUUCAACUUCCCGCACGACGUCGCCGGCGCCACCAAGGCGUCGCUCGCCAGCAAGGCCGAGCGUCACAACGCCAGCCGCCUCGGCCGCGGCUCGGGCGCAGAGACGCACGAGGACAUAGUUGUGACGUGCGUGGGCCACAAGACGCAGUACACGCUGUGCCACCUGCAGCACGGCAAGGUGUACCACGUGAACCUGUUCGCCGUGAACAAGCGCACCAAUCUGAGCUUCCCGUACGGCAGCACGACGCUCAAGUACGAGCAACGCGCCCGGCCGGUCGCGCUCAGGGACGGAAAGCGCGCCAGCGUCAACCUGCGGCACCUCGACGGCCGCGCCUCCUUCAAGUUCAAGGUGGGGCGCAACCCGGGCCCGCAGCUGGUGGCGUACGUGAUGGCGUGCGGCGGCGGCUCGGUGGACGUACGCAUGCGCGUGGACGGCCAACAGGCGGGCGGGCGCACCCGCGUCGACGGGUACGCGCGCCUCGAGCUGGGCCAGCCGCGCAAGGGCCAGCGCUACACGCUGCAGGUGGCCGCGCCCCACCGAGAGGAGCUGCGCCGCGUGCACGCCGUCGAGGUGCUGGCGACGACGCGGCCGGAGCGGUUCCCGCUGGUGGAGCUGCCGCCGCGGCCGCAGCUGCACGAGUACGAGUCGCUGCGGCGCUGCCGCUCGGUCACCGUGGGCUGGCUGCCGUCGCCCAGCGCCGCCUCCAGCGCCCAGCCGCUGCGCUACUGCCUCAGCGUGCGCGAGCGCGCGCACGCCGACGACGAGCUGGCGCCGCGCCCCAACCAGUGCGCUCUGCGCCGCGCGCCCGCCACGCAGCCGCUCUCCAGCACCUGCCGCGAGGGGGAGACCGCCGCCAACAGAGCGAGUAACGUGACCACACAUGAAGUCACUGGUCUAGAACCAGGUCGCAGUUAUGUGGUUCAGCUCACAGUGCAACGGCCAGGUGGACGACCCCUCUCAUAUGAUCUUCUGCCAGUGCGCACCACAACAGAAUGUCUGCAAUAAGUUUAUGUGUGCAUUCUCUUGCAUCUAUCAAUUUAUGUAAGAAUGAUAACAGAUGAUGUGAAUGUAGCAGGAAUGUCUGUACCUGGACUCUUACCUUUCCAUGUAAGGAAACAUUUAAGACUAAAUAUUAUAAGAGGCUAUGGACAUAACAGGUAUAGGGCCUUCAUAUAUUUGCUGCUCAAGAUAUAUACUGUCUUAGUGGCAUGAGUUUGUAUGUGAAUCAUUUGAUAAUUUAAUUUUGUUGAAGUAUUAUUUCUAUUAGUUAAGAUCAAACCAAUGUUGAAUUGUAGACUGCGCAAUAUUUAUAUUAUAGGCACAGUUAGUUAAGUCCAUAUUUUCUGACCGUGUUUGAUACAAUAUUGAUUAGAUUUGUUAUGUAAUAGGAAUUUAAUUUCCAAGUGUGUGCCAAUAACUAAUAAGCUUCUGCAAUAUUACAUAUAGAAUCUAGCAUACCUGUGUAGAAUGGUUGCUUUUCCCACACUGUGAUCAAGGAGAGAAGAAAUUCCAAGUGAAAUGUAUAGAGAACACAAUGUAGUCUUCACAGAUUGUAGAUGAAAUAUCAAAACUGUAAACCACUUUUCAGCACAGACCUCACAACAUUCAAGAUUAGUCUCUACACGUGACAAAUCUAUAGCCUCCUUACACAGUGUUAGCAAUACCUCCACCGACCUCUUUCACACUAAAUUGUACUUAAUUUUCUAUCACUGAUUUCUCUUGGAAAUCUUAAAUACAGUCAUUCAAUAUAUGAUGCAAUCAAUGUGUGUAAUGGUGAAUAUGCUUUAAAUUCAGAUUAUUCUUGGUCUUGAAUAUCCAUUCAUAGCUGUACAGUAAUACUAAAGUAGAAUAUCAAAACAAACACAUUAUUAACAUUUUGACCUGGGUUCCUGUAAGAAUAGUUCAGAAAUAAGCUGCAGUGCUAUCCCUGAAUGUAACUGUCACAAUAGUAUCAAUGUAGUUUAAGUGCUGUAUACUCUGCAGGUUGCUUAAGUAACAUACAAUGAAAGUGACAUUUUACAUAAAUACACCCAUAAUGCUUUAUAUUUUUGAGAGAAUGUCUGUUAUUUUCUUCAUACAUUGAACAAAGAUGGAAAAUUCACUAGUCUGAAGAAACAUGUACUAAAAGGACAGCAUAAAAAAAUGCAAACUUUAUAUAAAUAAAAUGACAGAUACUGCAAUAGUGUAUCAGAUAUGUAUUUUGUAAAUGGUUCAAAAAGUGUCUUAAACCAGUAUUCAAAUUUCUUGAAGGUUAUUUGCUACAUCUUCAUUGUUCUGUUUGCAACCAUUCACAAAAAGCAGCUUUGUGAAUACAAUAGAAUAUGUGCACUUAUCACAGACAUGUAGAGUUCUUUUUUUUCUUUUUGUCAAGUAUCACUAUACAAAUACAGAAUUGGCCACAAUCUAUUCAGUGUAGCAGUUAUAUUAAUAACCAGUCACAUCUGCUCUAGGGAUCACAAUUAAAAGACUUUCAGAUCCAUCCAGCAAAAGGGAGGAAUUAAUCCUGCUAAAAGCCACUACUUUAAUGUAGAUUGAUUAUAAUCUUUUUAGGAAAAGAACAAAGUCAUUAAUUCCACUCAUCUUUAUGCCACAUUAGAAGCUCUGUGCAACAUCACAUACAUCUUUUGUAACUUUAGAUCCUUUUGCCAUAAGACCUGUGAAUUACAAUAGUUAAUACAAUCAGUUGGAACUACGUACAUCUUCAAAGAGGAUGAUAACACAUAACAGUAUGUACAGUCAAUAAAUGACUGAAAUUUAUUGAACUGAUUUUGUGUCUGUGAUCAGUUAUUCAGUAGUUCAUGGAUAACAGUUUUUGGGAUGAACAUGUCUUCUUGAGUUUCACAUGCACAUGUUUCUCUGGGACUCCAUUUGAAUUUAGUAUCCCCUGAAGAGUCUCUUGGAACAUGUCAAGUAUUGAAGAAGUACCUAGUCAUUCCUUAAAAAUUCUUCUGCCAGAUACACCCUGCUCAAUGUAUUUCCUUGCAUAGAAAUUAUCUGUGUUACUUAUUAAACAGUGGUUCUUGAUGUUCUACUGCAAAUGGCUUUAAGCAUCAUGUCCUUGGUCAACUACUCAUAACAUACUCAUGCCUUCCCUGAAAAUUAGUGUGUGUACACACACACACACACACACACACACACACACACACACACACACAUCUCCCUCUCAACAUAUGUAAAGAAGUAUAUUAUUCCAUGUUUCAUUUAUAAGAGUUAGAAGAAGUUACUACCUUCCAAUGCGCCUUUUGAUGAAAAGUGUAAAAUUUGAAACUUCCUGGUAGGUUAAACCUGUGUGCCAGACCAACACUCAAACUCAAGACCUAUGCCUUUCAUGGACAAGUGCUCUUCUGACUGAGCUACCCAAGCAUGACCCAUCCUCGCAGCUUCAGUUCUGCCAGUACCUCAUCUCCUACCUUCUAAACUUAGAGCUUCUGUGAACCUUGCACAACCUUGUAAAAUUUGUAUCAUUGUUAAGAGAGCAGAAUGUGACACUACUAAGGCAGGUAACAGUUUAUCGUUUUUAAUAAUUUGCAAUAUUAAAUCACCAAUUGUACUUAUAUUUUCAGUCAACUGUGCAAUGUGAGGCAAAAUAUUUUUGGGAAUUCAAGACAACAUUGCAAAAAGGAUAUAUAGGAAGCAAGUGUCAUAUUUUAUAUAGUAUUACCUAAGUUUCUCUUGAGAAAUGACAUGAGAUGACGUCCUAAUUCAAUUCAGAAUACAAUUUAUGCCAUUAGUUUUACUAUAGACAUCAGGGAUCUUAAACAUUUUCAUUUAGGUUAUCUUGUUUGACUCCAAUGAAUCAUUGAAGCAAAAAAAAAUGCCAACAGUAUUCAAAUUCUGGUGACUCAUACUUGUUACAGAUUGAAUGAAUUUAUUUAACUUGAAAAAUAGAAAAGUCUCUCUUCUUUAGGAUAUUAGUGACAAAAGCACAUAGAAUAGUCCUUGUACUAGAAGUAAAUACAGUCUGCUCAUUGCUCAGGAUACUAAUAAAUUAUCUGUUCUCAGGAGCUCAAAACUUUUUAAUAACACACAAUUUUCUUGUCUAACAAUGUAAAUCAUGAGUGGAAUAAUAAUUUGAUUUAGAGCAGUUUGCUAGGAAGCAUCAAGCAGUAAACAGUCUCAUUUAAAAGUAACCUCUUGGAUGUUAGUUUUUGAACAAAGUUCUUUCUUAAGGGAGGAAGAAACACACACACACACACACACACACACACACACACACACACAUGUCACCUCUGAUUGCUUUAGGGAUAAAAGGCAUGUGCAAGGCUGAACCCAGAAGGGGGAUACAGGCAGCUGGGGGACUGGGACUAGCAAAAACUAAGGCCAGGGAGGUUACAGAAAUAAAGGUAAUGUUGCAAUGGGAGUUUCCACAGGUGCAAUUUAGAAAAUCUGGCACUGCUAGAAAAUAAUCCAGAUUUUACAUAACCCUUUCCCCUUCUCUGCUUCUCUCCUCUCCCUUUUUUCCAUGAUGCCACAUCCCUGUACUCUCCCACAAAGAGCAUUUCCCCCACCCACACCCUGCUAACCCCCACACUCACAACUCACACCAUGCCUCUUUUGUGCCUCCAAACUCAGAUGACAGAGAUUGCUUUGCCCAGAUGUGACAGUGGCCAUAUGUGUGUGAGGUUUUGAGUAUGUUUGUGUUUUUCUUCUUGACCUGACGAAGGACUUUGUCUGAACACUAAUACCAAACAGUCUACUUUUAAUAUGCCUGCCCACUGCUCAGUCCUACCUGUCUGUGGUAAUCAGUAAUCUAUUCUAAUGCAUAUGAUUUUUUAAUAGAAUUUUUCUUAAGAGCUACAACACUAUUAACAUAUACAACAAAACUAAUAAGAAAGAUGAAGGAGAAAACUGUAAGAUAGAAAAUGGGUGUCACAGGUAUUGUACGGAAGUAUUAAUAUUUGAAAGUAAUUUAUUUACAUCCUGGCUAGUACUGAGAAUAAUCAGCCUGACAUAUUUUCCUCAAUCAACAACUGAAAUUAUCUGCCAAUUUUUUUAAGUAAGUAACUCACAUCUUGAAAAUAAAUUCAAAACUAAACUUGAAGCAAAUGUGUCAAAUGUAAAGGAUAAUUGUGAUUACUGGUAAGAGGAAGUUCAUCAGCUUCAAAAAUGAAAAACAUUAUUCCAAAUUAGUUUCAGUAAAUACCUUCAUAAUUACAAAAGCACAUAAAGCUACAAAUAAGAGCUAAUUAUAGCAGUUUAAGUAAAUACCUUCAUAAUUACAAAAGCACAUAAAGCUACAAAUAAGAGCUAAUUAUAGCAUCAUUAAUAGUGCCUGAUAAUUAGUUGAUUAUUUGAGUUAAUCCUUGCCUUGCUUUGACAUGAAAACUAGCUCAACCCAAUCAUUUACAGGAAGGACUACUACUGCUAUAAAGUUCAAAUGACUGUACAGCUUGGAAUUUUUCACAAGUGCAAAGCAGUGUCAGAGGUAAUUCCACAAAAUGUACUGCAAAAAUUCCCAGUGCUAACCUAGGACCAAAUAUUUAUUUUUGCAGAAUUCCCAUUAAGCAAUUAAUUUAUGCAUCUACUGCCAAUAACAGAAACAAGUCAUGGGAGAAAACUAUAAUUCUCUUACUACAAAGCCAGUGCAAAACCAAACAUGAUGUGGGUCAAAUUCAGAACCAAGAAGUGAAAUAUAUGUUUCUUUCAUUGAAUUUUGUCAGUUGUUCAUCUUUUAGAAAGUAUGCAUUCCUCACACCCUGUACUAUUGAAUGAUUAUGUCUUUGCCUUAUUGCUUUCUUUGUUUCUCUAUUGCUCUACAUUAGAAGUUGCAUGAGAGGGAAUCUUUGAUUCUUUAAGAAUUACUCCAUUAAGUUUACCUUAUUUCUAAUCUUUAUGUUGUUCUUAUUUUUUUUUCUUAUUUAAAUGCAAUAUAGCACAAUCAAUUCCCUCCAUUCGGCUGCACAUAUUAGCCAAAUUGUAUUAUACAGUUCUUUUCGUGUUUCUAUCACAAUUCAUACUGAUUAAAACUGAAUUAUUUGUUUCCAUGUCACUUUAAAAAUACUCUUGCUAAUCCUUCUGCUUUUCUGUGUACCACCUUCCACUGAGAAUGAUGGCUAUUUAGAUAUUUCUCUUUCUUCCUAAAUUCCUUUCUACCUACUUUGUUUCCUUUCCUCAUAUCUACCAUUCUUCUUCUUACUCCCCUCCUCCAACUGUUCUUUUGCAUCUCUUCUCUGAAGUGCUGUUUUGUGAAGCAAUUCUCUAUUCCUGUUAUUAUUUUCUGUUGAACUGUUUUUGUUAAGUUACCUGUUACCUCUGUAAUUUUCAAACUUUUGUGCAUCCGGGAGGGUUACUAAGCAAUGCACUGUCCCUCUUAUAGAUUAAAUGGCUGAAUCAAAUAGUAUGAUUAUAGUCAUUUAGUCUCUCUUUCAAAUAUCAUUCUUACAAUA